CACACACUUGCUGCAAAUGAAUUCUUCAUAAGGUACCCAGACGUCAUUGAGCGACUGGAGCAGAACCAGACAGUGACUGACGAGGCUCAGGAGUAUCAUGCUGCCCCGCUGUGCAUUCAGUGUGUGCCAUGUGUUUGUGUUGGUGCUGUGUCUGUCUUCGGCUGAGGACUUCGACUGGACAAAGAACGACCACAGCUCCUUCUAUUAUGGCACUUUUCCAGCUGAAUUUUCGUGGGGUGCCGGCAGUUCAGCCUAUCAGACAGAAGGAGCCUGGGACAAAGAUGGAAAAGGACUGAGCAUCUGGGAUGUGUUCAGUCAUAAGAAAGGCAAAAUCCAACACAAUGAAACGGGGGAUUCCUCUUGUGAAGGAUACCACAAAAUCAAGGAUGAUGUUAAUUUGAUAAAGGAGCUAAAGCUUAACCACUAUCGCUUCUCCAUAUCAUGGCCUAGACUCAUCCCUACUGGUAUAAAGUCUGACCACAUAAAUGAAAGAGGAAUACAGUACUAUGAUGAACUGAUUAACCAGCUACUGGAGAACAAGAUCACUCCCAUUGUUACUCUGUAUCACUGGGAUCUUCCACAGGUUUUACAAGAGAAAUAUGGAGGAUGGCAGAAUAUAAGCAUGGUCAAUCAUUUCAAUGAAUAUGCCAACCUGUGCUUUGAAAGAUUUGGCGACCGAGUCAAGUACUGGAUCACUUUCAACAAUCCGUGGUCUAUAGCAGUUGAAGGUUAUGAGACAGGUGAGCAUGCUCCUGGACUGAAGCUGAGAGGAACAGGAGCGUACAGAGCUGCCCAUCACAUAAUCAAGGCACAUGCUAAGGUUUGGCACACUUAUGAUACACAAUGGAGGGCAAAACAAAAAGGUCUGGUUGGCAUCUCUCUGUCUGGAGAUUGGGGAGAGCCGGUGGAUAUCAGCAACCAGAAAGACAUUGAGGCAGCUGAGAGAUACGUCCAGUUCUACCUGGGCUGGUUUGCCACACCCAUCUUUCAUGGAGACUACCCUCAAGUGAUGAAAGACUUCAUUGGAAGAAAGAGCGUCCAACAGGGCCUCGGGAUGUCUCGCCUGCCCACAUUUUCCCCUCAAGAGAAGAGCUACAUCAAGAGCACCUGUGACUUCCUCGGCAUUGGUCAUUUCACCACACGCUACAUCACCCAGAAGAGCAACCCGUCAGGUCGUAGUAGCGGCAGCUACUUCACUGACCGUGACCUAGCUGAGCUAGUUGACCCACGAUGGCCUGAUCCUGGGUCUGAGUGGCUCUACUCUGUGCCCUGGGGAUUCAGACGUCUGCUCAAUUUUGUCAAGACUCAGUAUGGAAACCCAAUGAUUUAUGUGACCGAGAAUGGAGUCUCUGAGAAGAUGCCGUGCACAGAGCUGUGUGAUGACUGGAGGAUACAGUAUUAUAAAGACUACAUCAAUGAGAUGCUGAAAGCUAUCAAAGAUGGAGUCAAUGUGAAGGGCUACACUGCAUGGUCCCUGCUGGACAAGUUUGAGUGGGAUGAAGGCUACUCUGAGAGGUUUGGCUUGUACUAUGUGGACUUCAGGAACAAAAACAAGCCUCGCUAUCCCAAAGCUUCUGUUCAGUUUUACAAACGCAUCAUCGGCUUCAAUGGAUUUCCCAAUCAGAGAGAGGUUGAAAACUGGAGAAGGAAGGCUGUUGAGACGUGCUCUUCUAGCAACCAGCUCCUGGCUGCAGACCCUCUGACCAGCCACAUGGAGAUGGUAACUGAGAUCGUUGUUCCCACUGUGUGCACACUCUCUAUCUUGCUCAGUGCCAUUCUCCUUAUGUUCCUGCUGCGGAGGCGGAACUAGAAAGAUCUCACAGUGUGCAGGUUUACAAACACAAACAACACACACACACACAUUCUAAGUGCAUCUUUUCUUUAAUGGAUCAUGUGUGAACAUAAAUACAUUAUUUGAACUGAGAAUUAGUGACUUCAUUAAUUUGAUGUGCAUACAGUGUUUGCUGUAAAAACCUUGGUUUAGCCUAUAAUAAUGAAUUUAGUACCAGACACUUGAACAGUGUGGAUAGCCCUGAAAACCUGUUGGAUUUGGUUGUAUUGCAUUAAGGAAUAAUAUCAUUGCAAAUAUCCCUUGUGAUCUACUGUACUUUGUGUUUUUUAUUUGGUUUCAACUGGGAGUUGCUUGGCAAAAAAA